UCCGUCCACCUUCGCGGCGACCCCGGCCAACCCCUGCCUUUUUUAAGCCCUGUUUACAACAACAACCGCCGAGCCGGAAAAACAAUCGGGGCACCUGUGAUUCUGUUGACACUUAAAACAACGGGCAGUGCUACUCCCUCGAUACCUGGACAAUUACGCGGAUUCUCACCUGGGUGUGGGCCCAGCGAGUGAUGCGAUAUGCAUACCCUGUUCGGCGAGCAGAACGCGUGCUACCGGAUGCCCUCCGGCGGGUACCCCAGCUCCAGCCACCUCGGCGGGUACCCGGGGGGCUACGAGCAGUACCCGCGGUACGGCUACGCGGCCUACCCGCAGCAAGGCCCGACCAAGGACAUGGUCAAGCCGCCGUACUCCUACAUAGCCCUCAUCGCCAUGGCCAUACAGCACGACCCCAACAAGCGCUGCACCCUCAACGGCAUCUACCAGUUCAUCAUGGACAAGUUCCCCUACUACCGUGAGAACAAGCAGGGCUGGCAGAACUCCAUCAGGCACAACCUUAGUCUAAACGAGUGCUUCGUCAAGGUCCCCAGGGACGACAAGAAGCCCGGCAAAGGGAGCUACUGGACGCUCGAUCCUGACUCGUACAACAUGUUCGACAACGGGUCCUAUCUCCGGCGGCGGCGGCGAUUCAAGAAGAAAGACGCGCUGAAGGAGAAGGAGGAAGCGCUCAAGAGGCAACAAGCCCAGGAGGCGCAGAUGAAGAAGGCUGAAGACAAGAUCCCCGUCCAACCUGUGAAACCCAAGCGGGAACCGAUGGGAACCCUCAGUGCGUGCAUGAACUCCAAGUACCAGAUGGACCGGAUGGACGUCAAACCGGAACACUGCGAGCUCGGUUUCGCGAUGGACAACCUGGUCAUCGCCGGCGGUCGCGAUUGUACGACAGCCGGUCCGGCGGCUCUGCAGGGCUACCGGGCGCAACCGGUUUACUACCAUUGCUCGCAGUACGAGGAGCAGGCGCCGGCGCCGGCUGUUGGCGCCACCGCGACCGGAACUGCGAACCCGGCGCACCCCGCGCACCAGUACCGGCACACCUCGUGGUACGGCAACGAACCGGACCUCUUCGAGAACCCGAGCUGUCAGCUGGGAUUCCGGACCUCACACUCGUAUUACCAGCAGGACGGGCAAAAGUACUGACCCGGCCCGGUGACGUGCAAGUGUAGAUAGUGUAACGACCGGUCCGGUUGAACCGGUUCCCAGUGUGUAGAUAGUGUACAUAGAGCUGUUUCCGGUUUCGGUA